CAUCAGCUGUUAGCUUGUAGCUUUAGCGCUUCAAUAACACGAGUGAAAGUCAGAAAGUCGAACCCGGCGGUGACAUCAUGGCGGCCGCUCCUUCCCGAGCCCCGCGGGAGGAAGACACCAACCAUAAACUACAUUUCCGGGCGAUAAACGAUCAACAAGUGGACGAAAUCUGCAUUGAUUUAUUCUACAAGCCGCACACCAUCAGCCUGCUGACGGCCACGGUGCUCAGCCUCAUGUACUUUGCGUUCACCAGGAAUGACGAGAACUCAGACAACAAUCUGCGAGUUGGUCUCAUUGUGGCAGUUUCCUUCUUCUUGGUCGUCAGUGUCCUUGCUUUUCCCAAUGGACCUUUUAUCAGGCCUCAUCCGGCGAUAUGGAGAAUUGUGUUUGGUCUCAGUGUUCUGUACUUCCUGUUCCUGGUUUUCAUCAUCUUCCUCAACUGGAACCAAGUGAAGUCUCUGAUGUACUGGCUGGACCCAAAUCUGCGCUACGCCAAACGGGAAGCCGACAUUAUGGAAUAUGCUGUAAACUGCACAGUGAUAACAUGGGAGCGAGUCCUGAGCCACUUUGACAUCUUUGCGUUCGGCCACUUUGCCGGCUGGGCCCUGAAGGCUCUGCUCAUCCGCAGCUACGGCCUCUGCUGGACCAUCAGCAUCACCUGGGAACUAACAGAGCUGUUUUUCAUGCAUCUUCUGCCAAACUUUGCGGAGUGCUGGUGGGAUCAGGUGAUACUGGACAUCCUGUUGUGUAAUGGAGGAGGCAUCUGGCUGGGAAUGACCGCCUGCCGCUUUCUGGAGAUGAGGACCUACCGCUGGGCCAGUAUCAAGGAAAUCCACACCACCACGGGAAAGAUAAAGCGAGCCGUGCUCCAGUUCACCCCGGCCAGUUGGACCUACGUGCGCUGGCUUGACCCGAAGUCGUCCUUCCAGAGACUUGCAGGCAUCUACCUCUUCAUGAUCUUAUGGCAGCUGACGGAGCUGAACGCCUUCUUCCUCAAACACGUCUUCGUCUUCCAGGUGUCUCACCCUCUCAGCUGGUGUCGCAUUCUCCUCCUUGCAUCCAUCACUGCACCCACUGUUCGGCAGUACUAUGCGUAUCUGACAGACACCCAGUGCAAACGAGUGGGCACCCAGUGUUGGGUGUUUGGAGUCAUUACUUCCGUGGAGGCUCUUGCCUGUGUGAAAUUUGGAUAUGACUUAUUUUCCAAGACAGAGAUUAGUUAUGUUCUUCUGUGGCUACUCUGCCUGGCACUCAUCACACUUCUGUGUUUAUAUGGGAUGGUUUGGUUUGAACAGAAUAAACUGAAGGGCCUUUCUGUGCAGUGUGAGGACUGUGAUAACCGCGGUGUGGUCGACAUCUGUGAUAGCAUCCUAGACAAUGUUGUCGGUCAGAAAGAGACAUCGAGAGGUCCAGCACCCACAAAACAGAAGAAAGUCUCGGGGAGGAACAGAUUAGUGAAUGGCCACAGAGGAAAAAAACACACAUUUUCUCUGAAAAAAUCAACAAUGUGAAAAACGUCAUGCACCUAAAUCUUCAGAAUAAUUGUGGUGAGUUACAUAAAGGUUUUAAUGAACCCACAGACCAAGAAGACAAACAAAAGAAAACGCCAUCAAACCUGGACGCUCUGUUGGAACUUAUCAAGUUGAAAUGGUGGAUGUUGGACUUCAAAAACAUUUAUGCUGACAUUAGCAUCAUCGUAUACAUUUUCUACCUGAAACUACUGAAUGUUGUCAUUUUUUACACUGUGGGACAGAUGUUAUGUCCAGUCAAGGACGUACCAGCUUUACCGGGUGGUCUAGUUAGGAAACUCUUCCACACCACCUACCGGACUGUUUGUAUUUUUAUGUAGGUAUAUGCUAUAGUCAUUCAGUUAUAUUUAAGGAGGCUGUUUUUUGGUGGAGGCAUGAGCUCUGACUGCCGUUCUACUGUAGCUGCCAUAAAUGAAAAAAUGUUUGCACUUUUCUCGAUACAGUUAACCAACGGUGUUUCUACUUAACUACCUGCAUUUCAUCAGUUACACAGCAUCAUUUUUCUCUACUUAAAUUGAAAAAACAAACCAACAAGCCUUUUUUACAAAUGCCAAGUGUGAUUUUUGCAAUUUUGUGUGCGUUUGUAAUUCGGGAGAAGUGUAAUAAGUGUGUGUCAUGUUGUGACUAAAGACUGUGACAUUUAAUAUGAUAGUGCCCCACAUGGUGACAAUCAGUAACAGAGGAGAAUCACACGGGGGAAAUCCUCCUGUUCAUUUCAUUUUGAGUCGUAGCUUUAAUACAAUGUGAAGUUAAUAUGACCCGGUGACUGUUUCACAUAAAUUGAAUUAACAUUUAUUAUUUCCAAUGCACUACUUGGUGUUAGAGCUUUGAUUUUAUAUGGGUGUUUUUAUGUACAUGAAUAAUUGGGAAAGUUUGUGGGGUAUUUGUUUUUAUAACAAAGUGAUUAAAUAUGGAUGUUACAACACAAAA